GUCUCUUCGAGGCAUUCAGACAUUAGCGUGGCUUCUACUGUAAUAGAGGUCUAUGCUAAAUAGUUUAUAUAGAAAAAGUGUAGCGUUAGCUAGCAUGUUAGUAAUGUUGCCUAACGUUGCUUUUCGUUAAGCCUACCAGUCACUAUUAUGACUACAAACAGGAAAAAAGGCAAGGGAAUGCGUUUGGAUUAAAGGACUGCCAUGGUUGUUGUUUUCUAGCAGUUUUAAACAGAUUAAACCCUUCUCUGACUGAGCGCAUAUUGUACGGGCGUGUCGCCUCUAAUUAUUGUAACCUCAUUGGUAUAGUAGGGCGCCAUCAUAGGAAACGCAAAUUCGCCUCUAGUACAGAGAGUGGCGGUAUGCUAGCCUAGAAAUCUAGACGCACCCUAGUGGCAGCAAAUUUAUAUUGCAGCCAACAUCUUGAUGUGGGUCUGGCUUGUCAGGCUAGCGGUAUGCUCUGUACGUAGAUUUAAGAGCCAAUUAUUAAUCGGAGAAGAAGAAGAAGGAUAAUUGAUAAUAGUCCCCUCAUGACGGGCCAGUGGCGCAAUGGAUAACGCGUCUGACUACGGAUCAGAAGAUUCUAGGUUCGACUCCUGGCUGGCUCGUAAUUUUCUCUUUGCAACUUCCUUCCAUUUCUUACCAAUCAAAAAAGCGCCUCCUCCCGGCAACGCCCAUCUCCAUUCCUACCAAUCAAAACGCUGCCACUUUGCCGCAAUCGCAAGAGAAGACUCAUCUCGGUAUUUUUCUACGAUGGCAUCUAAAGCUAAGAAGCAUCGUGCCAUGGGGGACAAUGAAUGGCUGUCCCGUCUGAGGAGGUUUGCCACUACAGGGGUUUGGCCUUCUGACGCUAGGAAUAGACCAGCUCCUAGGCAAAAGAGAUGGCAUGACCUCUAUCUUAAGUUAUUCAAACCACGGUUUGGUAGCACACAUACUGAAGCCCAACCUCAGUGUGGCCAGGAAACCUUCUCAGGCCAGUCUGUUGCUUCAUCCACCCAGCCUGCUACUGCUGUCUCUGUGUCCACCCCGGCUUCCAAGGCUGCUGCUGUGUCUGUGUCCACCCAGACUGCAGCCGUCUCCAUGCCUGAAGGACAUCUGGCUGAGCACAACCUGCCGGGAAUGGAUCAUGCGGACAGCCUAGCAGAGUAUCUGGUGGCUCUGAAGAACCGUACUGGUUUGACCUGGAGCAACCAACAGGUCAGCACCAUCAUUGACCUCUGGCAGAGCCUGCUGCCAUAUGACCAGCAACGGAUGGUGUUCGCUGCCAGGCACCAAGACAGGCUCAUAGCAGGAAAGUUCAGAGGCAGAGUUUACUCCUGAUGUGGAGAGCUUGAGCGAUGUGUGCUGGGAUCCACUGCCUCCCCUGCCCAGUGGCCAGACUGCUGCCGCUUGGUGGAAGCCAUUUCUAUUAGACUCCGCGGUUUACACAAGAAUCCAAAAAAGAAAGUAAAGGGUAAAGAACAGUACUACAUUACAAGAUGGACUUGUGUCCUGCAGGAUUACCGCAAAAUCCGGCAGCUAAUUCUGGGUGAUGGAGCCAGCAUGCAGAGCAUUACACUGCAGCUGGUUGAGAUCAAUCAAACAAUCCUGAUGCAGUAGCAUAAUAAACGGGUGAAGCGCCAGGAUGUUACACUGAUCCUGCAGGCAAUAAAUCUACAUGGUCCAAUUGCUGUGGCCUCGGAGGCCCUUCCACCUGCCAACACCCGCGCUGCUGCUCCUCCUCAAACACACUGCACUGAACAUGUUUACAACCUGCCCCCAAGCACUGUGGGGUUGGCAAAGACAAAGUGGCGGGCAGUAGUUCCUGUCACCGCUGCCCCACAGGCUAUCAUGCCAAAGCCAUCAGUCCAGAAUCAGCUUUUUCCACAGCCUCCUGCUUCUGGUCCUCAGUUUGUCUUCCCUCAAGCAACCUCUGUCUGUCCUCAAGCCCCAGGAACUUUCACUUUUUUUGCUGUUCCAACACCUGCAUACCGUGCCCCCCAUACACCUGUUGCCUCUCUUGCUCCAUCAGCACCAGUGGUCGCCCUGCCUCUAAGGCAAGGUUUAAAAAGAGGAAGGUGGAGUACAACACUUGCAGGAAAUGUGGACAAUUCAGGACCGCAGAGACUGGGCACAGCUAAUAUCAAGGCACUAGCUACUGCCCAAAUACAGAAACACUAUCAAAAGAGCUGUGGUUAGAUCAGAUUAAAAAGUCGAAAAUGUAAAUAGUUAGUUAGAUUUUCCUAUGCAUACAAUACUAUUAUGUAUUCUGCUUUACAUUGUAUGUGUGUUUAACCCUUUAAGUUUUACACUUUGUACAGAAUGUGUUAGUUUGUUGAUUCUCUUGUUUUCCCACCUGGUGUCAAAACAAACCCUAUUAUAAUCAGUCAUUUCUUGUGCUAAACAAUAUUAUUCAUUACCUCAAGACAUUUGGUUUUGUUCAGAUUAAUAAUGUAAUAAAGUUGACAUGUUUAUAUUGA